AUGUCCGAUGACAUAAACAAGUUUGUGUCAUCCUGCCAGGUAUGUAAUGCCCUAAAGGCACACCAAGCCAAGGAGCCCUUACUUUUACAUAACAUUCCAGAUCUACCAUGGACGAUUGUUGCCACAGAUAUAUUUGAGUGGAACAAUAAGCAUUUACUGGUACUCGUAGAUUCCUAUUCCGGAUGGUUUGAAGUGAAUACUUUAACUGACUUAACAUCAGCCACGGUAAUAGUGAAACUGAAGCGUCACUUUGCUACCCAUGGUACACCGCUGAUUCUCAUAAGUGACAAUGGAGGUCAGUAUUCAGGUCAACAAUUCAAACAGUUCGCAUCAGAAUGGAACUUUGUUCACAUCAUGAGUAGUCCUGAACAUGCCCAAUCAAAUGGCCUUGCAGAGAAUGCGGUAAAGCAGGCAAAGAUGUUGUUAGAAAAGACACAAAGAGAUGGAUCAGAUAUCUAUCAAAAUCUUCUGAACUUACGCAAUGUGCCAAUUUUGUGUACAGUAAAUAAAUGA